AUGUCUGGGCGCAGCCGUCCUGCUGGGGUGGGUGGUAGCACCGACCGUGGCAGGGAACACGAGGCUGGACCCAGUGCUGAGUCUGCUACUGAUCUCACUGCUGAGUCUGUUGCUGGAUCUACCGCUGGAUCUACAAAGGAAGAAGUCGAUCUCAUACAUCUGGUAGCCUCCAACCAGGCCAAUAUAGAUCAGCAAAAGUUAUUCAAGUACAAAGUUGAGAAUGACAUGGCAUUUCACGCUGCUGUUUUGCAUCAGAUGAAGGAAUAUGAAGAGAAGGGAGCCUCCCGAAAGCGAAGGUAUUUAAACACAGCAUUAGACAAAUGUGAUAGAGCCAAAAGAAGAGCGACAGAUCCGCGGAAGUCUCGCGCUGAAUUUGAGAAAUUGAGAGAUGAAUUCGACCGCCUUUCUACCAGACCUCAACUUAUGCGGAAUCAACUUGAAAAGGAUCGUAUAGACGCUUAUCGAAUUGGUUUGAUUGGCCAGGUGGCCAGUAAUACAGGCACGGCAGAACAAAUGAAGUCUUUUGAGAAGCUACUCCGUGAAACAGAGUUUCACGAGCUGGCCAGAAAACAGCUAGAGGAGUUGGUCGAACAUCAGGCCAUUGAGAAAGCGGAUCGGUUGUAUCUUGCUUUGGCACGUGUUCUUGUGGAACAGAAGCCCCUACCUCCUCAAGGCCCUGUUCUCCUGAGAGGGGAUGUACCAGGUGCUGGAAGAAGUUCGACAUCUCAAUCCCCUUCUCCCGAAGAGGUCGAACGCGAUAGAAGUUGGCACUCAGUAGCCACAGGCACAGCCACAUCGAAUGAAAUUCGGGCGUUUCGACACAAUUUACUUACCAGCUCUGAGUUCGUGGAGGCCGUCUUCCUUGCCCGCGAAACAUGUGCAUCGAGGGCGCCCUCGGAGUUCGAGGUGAACCUGAUGUUACGAUUGGAUCAGCAAAAGCAGGCUGCUGGGGAACUCAUUGAUGCAAUUCAAAUGGAGGCUGUUAGCAAGGUUGGAGGAAACCCUGAUAUACGACAAGCAGUAUCCCCCGAAGAGAUAACGUCUGGGAGAAGGGAUCGAGAUCCAACUGGUCCAAGCAGAGGAGGUUCUCUAAUACAAGCCCGCGAACUUCUCGCUCACGCACUCCCCCCUGGUUGGGCAAUGACCUUCAUAGAAAUGAUAGCCAACCGGCGAAGUAGCGUCGAGAUGGAGCGGUUAUUCCACCAUAAAUUCAGGACCGAGAGGAACUUUCAACAACUAGUCUUGGCAUAUGACAAGAGAUAUCGCUCCACAACGUUGACGGCGGGGUAUGAGAAAGCGGUGGCGUUGAGAGUUGUGGGGACAAUGGGUUCUACGGAGCUAUUGGAUUUGUUCGGUGAUAACGGCAGCGAUCGUCGUCGUCUGGUGCUGCUCGAGCAGCUUCUGAGGGUCAGACCGCCGAGAAGUAGGAAUAUCAUAACGGUAACUAUGCCGCCUCGACCAGAUGGUAGCCCGUGGAUAGUAAGAGGUGGGCAAAGACCGGACGCGCCACUGCCACAGACCAUGACUGCAGCAUCCGCCUCUGGUCGAGGUCCGGCAAGUGGCGCAAGAGGAAAUCGACCGGGAAAAUCUACAAACAAGCCUCAGAGAAGAUAA